CUGAGCGAAAGCUGUAGACUCGUGUGUGUUCAUGGCAGCUGUAUGUCAAUAAUGCUGCUGUAUAAUAUUACAAAUGCUUAAAUAGUUAUCACCGUUUUGAGUUGUAAGCUUUAUUCUAGAGUUGGGCUAAUCACUAUUUCCUGUGCAAGAUAUUUAAAGCUUUUCAUUUGCAAAUAUCAGUCAGCCAAUCAACUAUUUCACUUAUAACACAUCUACUGAAAGUUCAAGCGCGACUCUCUUGGGCACGUCCUCCGAGAUUCUGGAAUAAUGUACAUGUAUCAUCUGGUCUUGUUGUUCGCCGUGACGGCUGUGCAUAUCACGUCUGCUCAAAUCAAAUACACCGAGUACAUGCGACAGAGGGAGGAGUUGCUGAAGAAAGAACAGCGCAGACGUAUAGGCGGAACCCUGGUCCUCAACGACGAUGAGCAGAAGGUGAACAGGAUACUGAUGCACGAGAAGCGGAAGGAAUACGAAGAUUCCAGGCUCCACGGGAAACUGUUUCCUCCAGCCAUCAGCUUCUUCAAGUCGAAACCCAUGAUAGAUGAGAGCAAUGUCUUUAAACUCAUCCGAAGAAUGCCAAAAGGUGGCGUUCUGCAUCUUCAUGACAGCGCCAUGUUCAACCUGACGUGGUUGAUCACGAACUUUACGUACAGUCCUCACUGCUACAUGUGUUACGACGACAACAACAGACUCAUAUUCAGGUUCUUACCGGACGACCACGACAAUAAACGUUGUCAGUGGAUAAAAGUGAAUGAGCUUCGCCAGACCGCUUGGGACAAUGACGCGUUUGAUAAAAUGUUGGUAAACAACAUAACGCUUAUUACUCCGACGCCCGACACCACGUACCCGACGCUUAACGACGUUUGGCGAAAGUUCGGUGCUUACUUCGGCAUAGUGGGCGGUCUCCUGCACCACGCCCCCGUGAGAAAGGCGGUGCUACAGGAGACACUACGUCAGUUCCUUGCAGACAACGUCCAGUACAUCGAAUUCAGGUCCUCUUUUUCAGAGCUGUAUGAGCUGGAUGGGUCAAGACGCAGCAGGUCGUGGUUUAUCGAAAUGUACAGAGACGUCAUCAACCAGUUCACCAGAGAGCAUCCGGACUUCAUCGGGGCCAAAGUCAUAAAUGCUGUGUUCAGGCGUCAAUCAAGAGACACGAUAUUGUCCACCAUUAAAACCGCCAUCGGGUACAGGAAGACAUACGGGAACUUCUUUGCCGGCUUCGACAUCGUCGGCCAAGAAGGGCGGGGCAAAACUCUCUUGCAUUUCAUAGACGAAUUCCUGUAUGCGAGACAACAGGUCCCUCCACUAGAUCUGCCCUAUGUAUUCCACGCUGGAGAAACAGACUGGGGAGAAACGCAAGUGGACGACAACCUGAUCGACGCCAUUCUUCUGAACACUACGCGGAUUGGCCACGGCUACGCGCUGCACAAACACCCGGAAGUCCUCAAUAUUGUCUAUGACAGAGAUAUUGGAAUCGUCGUAUCCCCCAUCUCCAACCAGGUCCUGAAACUAGUUAAAGAUCUGCGAAACCACCCCGCCGCUGCCCUGAUUUCCAGUAACUACCCUAUAGUGAUCAGUUCCGACGACCCGGCCACCUGGGAUGCCACGCCCCUGUCACAUGACUUCUACAUGGCGUUCAUGGGCCUGGCAGGGGAAGACGCCGAUCUCACCUUUCUCAAACAGCUAGCAAUGAAUUCAAUCAAGUACAGUGCUAUGACGAAGACUGAGAAAAAAGCGGCCUAUGGAAUCUGGCAGUCCAGCUGGAACCGGUUCAUACUGGACGUGCUGCAGAACGACUGGCCUCACUACAUCCCUAUUAUAGGAUAGGGAGACACGCACAGUCGUAAACUGCGCUUAAUAUUAAAACAGAGAAAUCUCGUCAAGUGGACUGUCUUUGUUUUGAUAUCGAUAGUCCAACGGUUAGCAAUUAAAGCUAGUAGAGUACA